AUGGAAAAAAAGAAGUUAAUUGCUGUUGGUCUUGUCGCCAUGCACCUGAUAACUACCAGCAACAACACACAGAAUGUGAAUGAAUCUAUAUCAAAUUAUGAACAAUUAGCCAGUGAUUCUGCCUCAACCACACAAGAAGUACCCAGUGAUUUGAUUUCAUCCACACAACAAACGCCUAGUAAUGCAUCAUCAUCCACACAACAAGUGCCCAGUAAUGUAUCAUCAUCCACACAACAAGCGCCCAGUAAUGCUUCAUCAUCCACACAACAAGCACCCAGUAAUUCUUCAUCGUCUAUACAACAAACACCCAGUAACUCUGCCUCAUCCACACAACAACAGCACAACACAUCAUUCAGAAAUGAAAGGCGUCGUAAUAACGAUGACACUGCCACAUUAGCAGAAGCAGUGGGAUUACUCAAGCACAGUGUACAAUAUCUAUCCAAGGAAGAAGACUGUUACAUUUCUAAUGCGACCCACAUUGCGCAUGAAUUGAAAAAAUACGACUCGCGAACAUUUGCACUAGUAAAACAUGCUAUCAAUAAUAUUAUAUUUCAAGCUGAUAUGGGCCAGUUACCAGGUCAAUACGGGUAUUAUACCGGUGCCCAUUCAACGGAUUUAUCCAACUCUACCUCACGCCAAAGCAAUUACAGCGACACGCCAAGUCCAGCACAAACUGCACCUACAUCAGCACCGGAACCUCAAAGGCAAGCUGAGGAUAAUCAAAACGAAAUUUCUGAAUUAUUACGUUACGUUCAAGAACAAGAAGAAUAA